UGAACUGGUUGAUUGGCAGUCUGAAUGUUUACAGCCUCAUGUCUGUGUGAGGAGCAAAAGCCCGCCUGCAUGGGUUCCUGUCUCAGUAUAAAAGCCAGGACUCUGAUGACUGUCGUCCUUUUCUCCAGACAUAAACUAGCCAUCACACAAGCUGCAUCAUGGUGCGCACAGUGGCAGUGAUCGGGGCUGGCCCCUCAGGUCUGACCUGCAUAAAGGCUUGUCUGGAUGAGGGCUUGGAGCCAACCUGCUUUGAAAGCAGUGACGACAUGGGUGGACUUUGGAAGUUUAAGGAAGUAUCGGAGCCAAACCGAGCCAGCAUCUAUCGCUCCCUAACAAUCAACAUCUGGAAAGAGAUGAUGUGCUACAGUGACUUCCCCAUCCCAGCUGAUUAUCCCAACUACAUGCACCACUCUAAAAUUCUGAAAUACUUCAGGAUGUAUGCAGAGCACUUUAAACUGCUACAGCGCAUUCGCUUCCAGACUUUGGUGAGGAGAGUUACCCAGCGACCAGACUUCUCUCGCACCGGUCAGUGGGAGGUGGUGGUGGAGACUAAAGAUGGAAAUGAGGAGAGUCACAUCUUUGAUGCAAUCAUAUGCUGCUCUGGUCACUUCAACUAUCCUAACUUGCCUCUCAAAGACUUCCCAGGAAUUGAGUCAUUUGAAGGGAAAUACUUCCAUAGCUGGGACUACAAGGGGCCAGAGGACAUGUAUGGGAAGAGAGUGGUGGUCAUUGGGAUUGGGAAUUCAGGAGGAGACAUUGCAGUGGAGUCCAGCAGAGUUGCAGAAGAGGUAUUCCUGAGCACUCGCAGUGGGGCCUGGGUCAUCAGACAGGUGUCUGACAAUGGCCUGCCAGUUGACAAGUUCAACACACGCUUUGUCCAUGUCCUGUUCAAGCUGCUCCCUAUGCGUUUCCUCAACUGGCUUGGGGAGAAAAAGCUCAACUCUAUGUAUGACCAUGCAAUGUAUGGUCUCAAACCCAAACACAGGCUUUUCAGCCAGAUCCCCGUCAUCAAUGAUGACCUGCCUUUUAAGAUCCUGUCAGGAGGAGUUAUAGUCAAACCAAACAUCAAGUCAAUCCAUGGCUCCACGGUGGUGUUUGAAGAUGGCAGCUCUGUGCAAAAUGUGGACACCAUUGUGUUUGCUACAGGUUAUAAUUACGAUUUUCCCUACUUACCAAAAAAUGCUUUGUAUAAGUCUGGCCACCGUGUGGGUCUGUACAAGCAUGUCUUUGCUCCAAACCUGGAUCAUCCCACUCUGGCCAUUGUGGGUUUCAUUCAUUCGGAUGGUGCCAUCAUGCCACAGGCCGAAAUGCAGGCCCGCUAUGUUGCACGUGUCUUCAAAGGACACAAGAAGUUGCCAUCAAACCAGGCCAUGAUCAAGGCUGUCGAGAAGGACACCAGAAACAUUGAGAAAAACUACAUCACGUCCAAACUGACACCAAUUCAGGUGGACUUUGUUGAGUACAUGGACGACUUGGCAAAGGACAUUGGAGUGCGACCAAGUCUCUUCUGGCUCUUCUUGACGGACUUCCCCUUGUUUAGGAGGGUUUUCUGGGGGCCUGUCACUGCUUAUCAGUAUCGACUGUUUGGGCCAGGAAAAUGGGAUGGAGCUCGCAAGGCAAUCUUCACCCAGUUUGACCGCAUGUACCAGCCAAUGAAAACAAGAAAGUUGGAGGUGAAUCGGAGCUCAUCUAAAAAGUUCCUGUUCAAGCUGAGCUUGGUAGCCAUUGCUGGAGGAUCUGCUCUGUACUACAUUCAAGCUCACCAUCCAAACACCAUCCCCACCCUGCUGUCCAAGUUCCGUCCUCAAGUUGUUUGAACAAACCAGGAGUCCAUUUUCUUAGUACACAUGACCAUAUUUAUUGUUUCUGAACUAUUUUUAACCAAAGACACUACAUAACAUCAGAAUCCAUACUUUUUGUGCAGUUUUUGUAGAGGAAGUUCAAACAAGGAGACAAAGCAAGGCAGCUUGAACACACAGAGCCAAUUAGUAUGUAUCAAAACAUCCAUUUGUUUACCAGAAAUUAACUCAAUUGAUUAAAGUUUUUAAAUUCUUCAGA